AUGGAUCUAACAACUUCGUUAAUUGUCCAAACAAGUGUUUGGGCAAUAAAUAAUACAAAUAUGUUAAAUUAUCCAAGAGGUAGAGAACGAUUAGAAAUUGUUUCAGUAAUUGUAUGUUCUACAAUAAUGGGUGUAGCUAAUAUUAUGAUGAUUGUCAAUCCAGAAGCUACAAUACCUACAAUAUCUAUCCUUUUGGGAGGAAUAACAAUAAGAAUUAUAUUGUUAGCUAUUUGUUAUUCAAAAAGUUCCCAAGGAUGUAAACUUAUGGGAUUGGAUUUAAGAAAUGAUAUUUUGACAUCUGUGGUGGCUUUGACUUGUGCUGUUAUUGGGGAUAGAUACUGGCCUUUAGCUGACCCGAUUGGUGCAAUUGUUGUUUGUUCAUUUAUUGCAAUUUCCUGGAUGGCUAAUGUCUUCUCAACAAUUCCGUUAAUGAUAGGGCGUCGUGCCGAACAAGAAGCUAUUUCACGUAUUUUACGAAUUGCUAUACAACACGACGAUAAAAUUAAACACAUUGAUCAUAUGAUGGUUUAUCAUUUGGGGGAACGUGCAUUAGUUGAAUUACAUGUAGUUUUGGAUGAGCAUUUGCCGUUAAAGUUAACACAUGAUUUAACGGAAGCAUUGGAGAGAAAGAUUCGUUCGUUAGAAUUUGUUGAACGUGUUUUCAUUCAUGUAGAUUAUCAAUGUGAUGGAUGGUUGGGCGGUCAUUAA